UGUUUUAAUUUUAGAUAUUGGCAAAUGUUCAGCUAAAAGUAUAUCAACCAAUCAUUAUGAAAACUCAGUUCGAAAUAUGUCAACGCAACCUCAACAAAAAUCCAAAGAAACAAAGUUAUUACAUCAUAUGAGAUCAAGAAUUUCGGCAACAGGACCAAUGACAGUUGCUGAAUACAUGAAAGAAGUGUUGACAAAUCCAAUGUCUGGUUACUAUAUGCAUAGAGAUGUCAUUGGGAGUUCUACUGAUGCUUCUGUGGCCUCCUUGGAUGUUUCUCAACUAUAUGGUGAAUUGCUUGCAGAAUGGUGCCUUAAAGAAUGGAAAAAAAUUGGUAAACCACGUCCAUUGUAUGUAGUAGAAGUAGGACCUGGAAGAGGAACUCUCUCUGAUGAUAUGUUAAAAGUAUUUUCUCAGUCAAAUGAUGCACGUGAAGUAGUUUCUCUACAUUUAGUUGAAGUCAGUCCACAUCUUAGUCAAUUGCAAGAAUUACAACUUUGUGGUACUGUGAGUGUUGUAAAAGAUGUUUUAGAAGUAGAUGAUUCUAGACGCCAUUUACAUCUUCAUGCUAAUCGUGAUAGUGAUGAACUUAUGUAUAAACAUAAUAUAACUAAACAUGGUGUUCCUGUAUCUUGGUAUCGUCAUUUGGAAGAUGUUCCAAGAGGUUUUUCAUUUUACAUUGCUUAUGAGUUAUUUGAUGCCCUGCCUAUUCAUAAAUUUCAGAAAACACCAGAAGGAUGGAGAGAGGUUCUUAUAGAUAUUAAUGAAGGGCCUGGUGAAAAUCAUCUUCAUUAUGUAUUAUCAAGAGGACCAACUCCAGCUAGCCAGUUCUUUAUUGAUCCAUCAGAAACUAGAGAUCAUGUAGAAGUUAGUCCAGAAAGUGGUGUUUUGGUUCAAGAAAUGGUUAGCAGAUUAGAAAAAGAUGGAGGAUUUUCACUUUUAAUUGAUUAUGGUCACGAUGGAGUGAAAACUGACACAUUCCGGGUAACUAAAACACCAGAAGGAUGGAGAGAGGUUCUUAUAGAUAUUAAUGAAGGGCCUGGUGAAAAUCAUCUUCAUUAUGUAUUAUCAAGAGGACCAACUCCAGCUAGCCAGUUCUUUAUUGAUGUAACAAAUAUAUUGCUAAUGUAUAUUUUAACAAUUUAUAUUAUAGUUUUGUUUUUUCUGAAUAUUUUUUCAGCUUUGACCUAUGGUCCAAUAACUCAGGAAGAAUUUCUUAAGAAUAUGGAAGCUGAGAAACGAUUAAAAAAAUUACUCCAGUCCUGUACACCAGAACAACAAAAAGAAAUUAAUAGUAGUUAUGAGAUGCUAAUUGGACCAGAAAUGGGCCAAAACUUUAAAUUUUUGGGAUUGUUUCCUUUGGAUAUGAAAGACUUGCUAACCAAAAAACCACCAGCUGGUUUCUUUUCAAAUUAGAACUGAUUAAAAGAAUGUGAUUUACAUUUAUGUGCCAUUUGAUAGGAGCCAGUCGUCCUAACAACUAGCCAUUGCCUAACGAGUUGCAAUUACCUAAAGUAUAGAUCAUAUUAAUUUUGUUUUUCGAGAUGCUAUACAAUGCAACUGCAUAAGUAAAUGAAGCACAGUGAUAGAUAAUGCUUCGUGAAAUGUGACAUAGAAGCUAAUUAUAUGUAAUAAAGAUAUUUGAAAUAAAGACUGAAAAGUUUGAAUAUA